AUGUCAGGAACAGGAACCGAUGAUACUACAAUACAACAUCGUUUUGUGCAGAUUCAUCAAACACGCGCACUCGAAUUAGAUCAAACAGAAAAGCUAUGGACUAUCUUGGCACGCCAGAAUUUAUCUCCCAUUGCUGUCUCAAAUGCGUGUGACAAGAUCAUUAAGGCAAUCCAAGAUGACAAGCUUCGAUACCAGGAUACGCUUCAGGGUUUACAGAAUCUUGUACUUACAACUGACCAAUCACUUAAAUCCAGUAUUUUCCUCCACACUAUAACCCAAUUACUACUUUUACACAUACAAAACAAGAAGUUUCGUUCUGUCCAAUUUUGCCUAUCGACAUCAUUACCCGGUGUUUUACAUCCUUUUGUCCUCAUCCUGCGUGAAAAUCCGGAAUCCUAUUAUGAUUUACUUUCAGAAAUCGACUUUUGUUUUGAAAACAUCUCAGAUGAAGAACCCGAAUUAGCGGACAGUCUCUUCCAAGUAUUCACCCCUUUCUUUGAUGCCGUAUUUUUUACAAAUCUUGGUGUAGAUUCGACUGCGUUGCUUAACAAGUGUACAAGUCUUCUCAUGGGCUCUGAUGAAAAAGGAGGGCUGCGGUAUAAUACACUUAACUACUUAAUGAGUGUAUCACAACGAUACCCUACACAGCGCAGUAUGCAUCACCACCUCGCAUUGGUUGAUAUUCUUAUAUGUGCGCUUACAACUCAUGUUGAGCUUAAUAAGUCUAUUGAAGAGAAAACCAGAGUUUUUUUCGCAACAAAUAUGUCUUACCAGCUGCUCAUACGUGCUUGUGAUGCAGCUGUUUACGGCCGACCUACAUUGCCUUAUAUUCAACGUUUUGCUCAAUUGGAGGAGUUUUCUGAUAUGUUUACGGGCAAUGUAUUGGCAGAUCCUAGCCCUUCUAUUGUCUGGGUUUCCCUGUCUUAUCUUCUUAUGGUAUCUCAGACUGUCAGCGACCAGGCUCUUAUUAUUAAGACCAUGUAUGCUUUUGUUGAUCUCGUGGGACCUAUUCUCUCGACUGCUCUCAUUCCUCUUCUUCAAACUCUUCCUGAAGUAGUCGACAGUAGAGAGAAUUUGAAAUCCAGUAUAAUGGAAAUAAUUUCUAAAUCCAAUGAAACAGAUAGUGAAUUCAAAGAUAAUGAAGAUAUCUUGAAAGAGAUUAAAUCAGAUAUAUCAAAACAUCACAUUACAGGUGUGAUGGCCAAUAUGCUUCCCCAUCUUAUCAAUUUCUUUAAAGAUAAACCAACUAUGCAAGUGUAUCCAGUUGACACCAUUACAAUGUCAUCUAGCUUGUCAUGUAUUUACACUUUGCUAUUCAGUACGCCCCAUAUAUUCAACAGCGAUGAAGGAAUCCGACGUGCUUAUCUCGACCGUAUUUCAGCCAUCGUAUCUUCCAACUAUGGAGCCUCUUACAAGUUCCCGGCGCUUUUAUUAUUACUUCACCUUCUGCGUCAUCCAGUCAUCACAACAGAUACGAUUCUUUACAUACUACAGUCAGUAUUGCCUUCUUUUGCUGACCCGAACGAUCUUACCAUGACAUCCAAAAUAUUACAAAUUACACUAGCUAUAAUAUACGGUCAAAACACAACAUUGGGUGGUAUGCAAUCAUCACGAGAGACAACCAUGGCAAGUGUAGGAAUCAAAACAUUGGAAAAGAUUUAUGAAAGACAGCCUCGUGUUUGGCAAGAACUGAAGAGAGUUUUGUCUGACUGGGUCAUUCGGCGCAAAUCUAUAACUGGAUUCUCCCGAAAAAAUGCCUCUUUGGCAACAUUACAGAUGGAGCUUUCAGUAUUGACAACUAUGCGAGAUCUUUGUAUCAGCAAACCAAGAGAGUGUGCUCCUACUAUUCUCCCUAUGGUUAUUUCGCUACUACAGUCUUGUCAAGAUUUGAGCAUUACUACACUUACAAUCAUUGUACAAACAAUAUGUGCUUGUAUUAGAGCCGGUAUGGCAGAACCUCGGUCUGUUUGGAAUGUGGCAAUGAGAUAUAUUGCAAAGUAUGCAAUGGAGAAUGAUAUAGAUAAAGUGCAACUCUUACAUGAAGCAAUAUGCGAUUUCUUCUCGAUUGUAGGCGACAAGGAUGAAUUAUCAGAGCCGUACAUAGAGUUCAAAAAUGAAGUUCUUAACGACUUCUUGGCAUUUCUUAUCCAGUGUAGUAAUGAAGAGGUCCAAACAUUUGCAUUAAAGGCACUCUCACAUUUUACUGCAGUUGAUAUUGCCACCCUUCUCCCAGAAAAAGCAAAGCCUUACGUAUCCGAAAUUGCAUCGUCUGUUCACCCCAGUAUUGGAUACGCCAAUGUUCUUGCCAAAUUGAUGUCUCAUGAGCUGGACUCAAUGCUACGCGGUCUCUUUAAAGAGGAAAAUUCCAAAAAGAUAACCCCUGAAGAAACACUUGAAGGAAAACGUAAUAUUGUCUUGGUGGGCGAGAAAGAGUAUACAAUCGGCAGUCAGUUUGUAACAGGCUGGGAGAAUGCUCGUGUGAUUCCUGGAUUACGAAGUGGAUAUGCUAUUUCUGUACUGUAUACUAUACAUAACCACGUUGACCGUCAAGGAAGUUCGAAUACACCAGAAAAUAUGACCAAAACAAAAUGGUAUCGAUGCAUGCAGACAUCUAUCGCAGAUAUUGGAUUGACAGAUCAUAUUAUGAUUCGCAUAUCCUGCCUUAGUGCUUGGAUGGCUCUUUUUGAAAAGGCUUUGGUGGGGACUGAAGCUGAUAUUGAGGCCAGGGGCACUGUAUUACUCAAAGACCUUACGUUACGACUUGAACGCAGCACUGUUCCAGGAACAACUUGUAAUAUAUUAUUAGCAGUGACAGGCCUUAUCGUUACUGCGUAUAGAAUAAUCCCUUCUUUUGCUACGGCAUCUGCCAGCCAGAUAAUUGAUAUCCUAACCUCAAAAUACAUCAUGAAGGCGGGAAGAUCUACUUCUUACUCAACCCUCCUGAUGAGUGAAGAAGUCCAGUUCGCAGCACGUUUCAGUUUAGGCUAUAUAUCAGCCUGUGUUAUUACAAACGAAAAGGCAUUAACAAGGCUAUUGGAUAUAUUCUUGCAGAACGUGACCGAAAAGACUUCAACGCGCAGCAUAGAUACUUCACUUGAUCUCGUACAAUUUGCCAAUGGGUUUGCGGCAGGACAUUUUACUGGAGCAUUGGCUACAUGGCCUACCAAAACGCCCGGGAUAAAUGAACUUGUGAAGACUGGGAUAGAAAGCCUGCUAAACUAUUGUAACAUGGGGACUGAUGAGGUUUCUGAAAGCAAAGCUCUAGGAAUAAUGAUGGGAUGGGCAUCUAGUAUCAAGCAGGAUGAUAUGAGAGAAAUAUAUCAGUUUGCAAAGGAUACUCUGAGACUCUAUAUUGAUGGUGUACUCGUCAAUAAAGGAGUCUUGCUUGGUUCAACCUGGGUAUGUGCUUAUGGCUCAUCCCAAGAAGACCAAAUUGACGAAGAGAGUGCGAAUCUUUUAGAGAGUGCAAUGACAGCAGCCUCUUUAGAUCACACAAUGAACCAACACUACUUUCACUUCGCCGCCAAUUUUGCAAAAGUUAAUCGCCUUCGUAUGAUACUGAGUGACAAUGAUUCUGAGGAGUCUGAAGCAUAUCAAAACAUUCUGCUUGAGCAAGUUCAAAAAGUUCAAAAAGAAGAUCCUUCUAGCCAUGAGCGACUAGCUGCUUUAUUCUCGCUGAGUAGUCUGUUAGGUGUCGAUUACCUCAAUGCGAUCACUGAUCAAGAACUUAUAUAUGCAGAGGCGCAAAAAUAUAAUUCUGGAACAAGAAGCCCCGUCUUAGAUACAUUGACAGUUGUUGCUGGCCUGACUGAUGGAGGGUCUCCUGUCGGAAACUUAAAGAGUGGCCGUAUUGCUGCUGCCCUUUGCGGAAAGGUGGUUCAUUCUGCUUUAAAUAUGCGCGAUACCCUUCAGUUAAAACAAGACAAUGUGUCCUCUGGAAGUCUCCAAAGUCAAAUUCAGCAUCAAGCAAUGAUGGCCAUAGCAAAUUCAUCAGAACCAAAGACAUAUACACGCCUGAAUAACAAUACAAGCUAUCUGCGUGCAAUAUUCGAUGCCUUGACUGAUAUUGUUGACAAUCUAGACAACAGUCUUGAUAAAGACUCCGUGGAACCAACUUCGCUUGUCUUUCUCUGUAGUAUUAAAGAUACUCCUGGUCCACUUCCGCCUGUGAAUUGGUUUAACAUCCUUACAAAGCUGACUACGGUGUCGAAAACGACUUGGAACGAGUGCAUCAUGCUUGCAUCUACGCAUUUAGCUACAUCUAUGUCUUUGACCGAAUAUAUAAUUUCUCAGCUAAGCCAAGAUUUGUCUCACUUUCCCAAAGAAAUUCAAAUAUUAUUACUUGGGGAAGCUGGUCUCGGAAUGGUUCUCGAAUUAGGUGGAUUGACUGGCCACGAAAGCUCAAGAACAGGAUAUAAGCGACGUGGUAUGGAUGCUGUGACAAAGAAGACGAGUGUUUCGGAAAUUAGAUGUAUCGAACUUGUGGACAUUCAUGCAAAGAUGUUCUCCAAAUUACCGAUACUCGCUCAAAGUACUUUUCUCGAUACUAUAAAGAAUCAUCUUCCAUUACAUCUUGAGGUUUUUGAUGAAAAGAAAACUUCUCUUGUUGAAAACUUGCGUAGCGUUGUUAUGUACAAUGUUACUCUGCCUCUUUUGGAGCGUUCCGAUAUUGAAAAACACGAUGGACUUGUUAAUGUUCUACAGGCAUCUAUUGCUUGCAGUAUCCUGGAUAUAAACCAGCUUACACAAGCAAAUGCGCUGGAAGAUUGGCUGACAGUUGAAACGGCCUAUGGGAAGACAAUCGGUAUCAUGGAAAUUUGUAAUCUGAAAAGGACAAAUACAGCUGUCAAACGAAUUACAGAAACCUGCACGCGUCUAUUAAUUCUUGGGGUGAGUCACGCAAUGACAUGGGAUGUGCUGGCAGAAACCAUCCGAAAGAAUUCUCAAUCAGAUGAAGAACGUUUGACAUGGGUUGUCCGCUUUUUGGACAUUUUGAUUGUAAUUGGUAGUUUGAGACUACCCAAUUGCUGUAAUUCUCUUAUGGCUGGUAUCUCAUAUGGACUGCGAGCUAUCCUUGAAAAAAUGUGGAAAACAGAAUGCAAUUUGGAUAUUAACACUAGAGCAUGCGAUCUUCCAAUAAUUCUUGGUGACACUGGCCAUCUGUUGACUUUUGUCAUCAAUGACUCUAACAAACAUAAACAAGGACAGCAACAGAUUAUUAAACGUAUACUUAAGAUGAUCGAACUUGUUGAGCGUAUGGAAGAAAAGGAACCUUUGAAGGGAUUCUUUACUCGGGUUUUGCGCGGAUGUACCAAAGAAGCCAUAGGACAAGAUUCACAAAUGAUGAGGUUGAUUUCGUAUCAAUAA